UCCGUUGUUUCUGUAUUUUACAGUGAAUGAAAAUGCAAAAUACAAACAAAGAAACUUAAAUCUUGAAAAAUAAGCAAAGGCAGCAGAAAAACUUGCUAAAAUCAUAUACAUGGAUUACGUUUAUUGUGGGGACAAUAUUGAUGUUUAUGAUGGGGGUGGUAGUCGUUCCGCAACUCACUACUCUCCUAAUUUUACUGGAUUCAACUUGAGCUCUGGCGAACCCGAUUACAUGGAAAUGGUUCCAAUACUUGCUGAUGGAGGGGAAAAUUUUGGAGUGUCGGCUGUCACAUUCGACAGUUACGAGGAACUUCUAUGGAUGGGUAAUCAAGGGGGACAUGUAACAUCAUACUACAGUAGCAACUUGCAGAAGUAUACAUCCUUUCAAGUCCAUCCCACUGACAUAGUGCGUCAAAUUUCCACCAUUGACUCGGGAAUUUUGGCGUUGACUCAAACCUCUUUGAGGCAUCAAAUCCGAAGAGGAAUUCCGAAAUUUACACACAAGUCGAAAAACAUGACUGAAAUGGUGUGCAUGGAGCAAUUGUCACCACACCGUUUGAUUAUGGCAGGUCUGCAAGAUGAAAUGAUUGAACUCGAUAUGAGAACAUUAAAGGAAACAAAUUUGGAACAUGUUGGGACGGCAGGAUGCACAGUGCUAAGGCAAAAUUCACGUUUUCUUUUUGCCGGAGAUCCAUUUGGUAAUGUUGCAUUGCGGGAUUUAAACUCACUGCACGUCGAGCAUACCAUUAAGACACACACUGGAAGUCUUUCAGAUUUUGAUGUGCAAGGCAACUAUUUGAUAUCAUGUGGAUAUAGUGGUCGUCAGGGAACUCUUUCUGUGGACCGUUUUCUUAUGGUCUACGAUUUGCGAAUGUUACGCCUGGUGUCGCCUAUACAAGUGCUGAUUGACCCACAGCUUAUAAAAUUUAUACCUUCGCAAACUUCUCGACUGGCUGUGGUUUCCAGCUAUGGACAGGUUCAACUGGUUGAUACGGUAGAGCUUAGUGAGCCACGUGUAUCCAUGUACCAGAUCAAUACGUCGGGUAGCCAAUGUUUACUUAGUUUCGAUGUCAGCUCCUCGUCUCAAGUUAUGGCAUUUGGUGAUCAAUCUGGUCAUAUUAGUAUUAUAACCGCAGUAAAUGCAGCACAACCUCAAUUCAAUAACUUUUCGCGAGACACUGAAUUUGCAGAUCCACCGCCGCAGUUGCCAAUUGUACCCAUUACUGAUACAACAUUCCCAUUAUCAUCGAUUGUUUUGCCUCCUUUGGUGACUGGGUCCCGUUGGUUUUCCGACUGGCCUGCGGAGCUUUUGCGCUAUCAAUAUUUACGCUCAAAGCCAAUUGAGCAGGACAUUUUAAAUCAGAUGAAAAUGCAAGGUCCUAUCGGUUAUUCCCCCAAUCCCAGGACUCAAAGACGUAAUCAAAUACCCUACGUUUUGGAAAAUGCAAGUGGACUUGCUGGCUCAGGCAAUGGUCUUACAAUUGCAUCCAAGUCUUCCGAUUCCGGUGUUAAGAUUAUACCAAGGCGUUAUCGUAAAGUCGAAAUGAAAUAUUCUAAAUUGGGGACGCAGGAUUUCGAUUUUGAGCAGCAUAAUCAAACGUGCUUUGCUGGAUUGGAAGCCACAUUGCCAAAUUCUUACUGCAAUCCAAUGCUACAAGUACUGUAUUUUAUUGAACCAUUGCGCCAAAAAUUAUUGGAUCACAGAUGCAAUAAGGAAUUUUGUCUAACAUGUGAACUGGGUUUCCUUUUCUAUAUGUUCGAUAAAUGUACAGCCUCUACCCCGUGUCAGGCUAGCAAUUUCUUGCGUUCUUUUCGCACAGUACCGGAGGCAUCGGCAUUGGGGCUUAUAUUAUCGGACAGGUCUUCAAAUGUAAAUCUUUUGAAUUUGAUACAGAAUUGGAAUCGUUUCAUUUUGCAUCAAAUGCAUUAUGAAAUUCUAGAAACCAACAAGAACGACCAUCUAUGUAAUCUAAGGUUCAGCGGAGCAUUGACAUGUGGUGGUGGAACACAUCCAGAAGAAUAUCAAACAGAGGAAACGAGUGACAUAUAUUUCCAAGGCAUCGAUCUGAAGAGUGAUGAACAUUUGAAGAACGAGGAGUACCAACGAGAACGCAGUAAAGUUAAUGCAGAUACUGAGAUAAGCCGCCUUUUUGGCACAAAACAAACCACUGUUAACCGCUGCCUCAAGUGCAACGAGGAGAAGACUAAGCAGAGCAUUCUAUUGACAUGCAAUCUCAGCUAUCCCCAUCAAUCAAAAGAGGCAGAAUACUUUAACUUUGGUACAAUCUUGAAAGGAUCUCUUUGUUCAGAGAAGGCCAUACAAGCUUUUUGUGAAAAUUGCAAAAAGUUUUCUCCAAGCAAACAAAUAAUAAAGGUGACAGGCCUGCCACAAAUGUUAACCGUAAACUGCGGAUUAAAUAACGAAAGGGAUUUGAAUUUCUUGAGAAGGCAUCUUAAUCGCAACAGCUCUAAUUUAUCGGAUAGUCCUGCAACGUUAAAUACGAAUAAACCAUGUCGUUAUGGCAUAAAUUGUUCUCGCAGUGACUGUCAUUUCCUGCAUCCCGACCGAAAAUCACCAACAAUGAAUCAAAAUGUAAAUAUUUCUCCAAGUGGACGACAAACAUCAUGGUUUCCUUUAUCAUUUUCUAUGGCCAUUAGUGAAAAUGGCGAAUUGAGCGUCCAAACCGAGAAUAGCAAUACAAAAGCUACGGAAGCAAAUUUUACAACGUGUGAAAAUCAAGCUUCUAACAUAAAUAAUAAUGUUUAUUCGGUAAAUGUAAACGAAGAUUCAUACCGUGAAUAUGCUUUACAUGCAGUUGUUUGCCAAAUAGACGAUGGGUCUCAAAAGAAUCUUGUUUCUUUAAUCAAUGUCAGCAAAAAGUAUCAUACCAUGAAAAUGGAAACCAUGGGAAGUCCAGAAGAUCAACAGCAGUGGUACAUCUUCAAUGAUUUUAGCAUUUCGCCAGUAUCAAACCAAGAAUCAGUGUGGUUUACUUUGGAUUGGAAAGUGCCUUGCGUGUUAUUUUACAGCAGUAUCAACUUGGACAAGAGUGAAUUUGAUGCAAUCGCCGAUAUUCCGCACAAUGAGCCUCAACCUCUGUACAAUCCAUUCAUGAAAGAAAUCAGUAACAUUGUUGUACAUGGAAAAAAUUGUGGAGAUACAUUAUUAAAACCCUUGCAACUGAAUGAAAUGCCGCAGGCCGGUGAUUUGGUCGCUAUGGAUGCUGAGUUUGUCACCUUAAAUCCACAAGAGAGUGAAAUACGUCCAGAUGGCAAAACAGCAACCAUAAAACCAUGUCACAUGAGCGUUGCGAGGAUUUCAUGUAUACGCGGACAAGGUCCCGAUGAAGGUAUACCAUUCAUGGACGAUUACAUAUCAACACAAGAAAAAGUUGCCGAUUACCUAACUCAAUUUUCUGGUAUUAAACCGGGCGAUUUGGAUGCGAACUUUAGCAAUAAACGUUUGACUGCCCUAAAAUAUUCGUACCAAAAGCUGAAAUAUUUGGUAGAUGUAGGAGUUUUAUUUGUCGGCCAUGGAUUGAAAAAUGAUUUUCGUGUUAUAAAUAUGUUCGUCCCCUCCGAGCAAAUAAUUGACACUGUACAUUUGUUCCAUCUGCCGCAUCAUCGCAUGGUAUCUCUACGUUUUUUAGCCUGGCAUUUUUUGGGAACGAAAAUACAAUCAGAAACACAUGAUUCUGUCGAGGAUGCCCGCACUACGCUGCAGUUAUACAAACAUUACCUGCAACUACAAGUGGAAAAUAAGUUUGUUGCUGCCCUUAAAAAUCUAUAUGAUAGAGGCAAGCAGUUGCAGUGGAGAGUACCCGAGGAAUAGAGAGAGAGCAUUUAAUUAGGUUUUAGAAUAAUUGAAUGAAAUCCCGUCGUAAAAUUUAAAAAUCAAAGUACAAAUUCACACUCAACCGAACCGCGAGCAAGUAAAAAGUUUGUUAUUCCAUUUUAAAUGAAACGUCGAUGAAUUGCUGGAACAGUUUUUAUUAUUAUCAGAUAUAUUUUUACACCCUUUAAUUGAUUUCAUUUUUUUUUAUCAAAGACCGACAAUUGUCCGAUUUUCAAAAUUAAGGAGAGGCAUUUUCUUAAAUUCUGCAAAGAAAGUGAAGAAUUCUUUGAUGCGAAUGGACGAAGAAAGCAUAGAUAAUGCAAACUGUUUGUAAUGAAGAUAACAUAAGCGUUUUUAUAGGCCAAUCCUUUUUAAUCAAAGGGGACAUAGUCCGAUUAAGAAAAAAUAUCAAAAAUCAAUUGGAAGUGUGUUGUCUUGGUUAACGCUUCCUACGAAAUUGUAAGAAGUUGUCUUCCCACUGGUUAUCGCAAGCCAGAUAAUUGGCCAAAUAACUACGCUUAUGAACGAAUUCUCAUGCAAUAUCCGUCAAAACAAAAACCCAUUUUUAUAACAUUUAAAACUUUCAUGCUAACUUAGCGAAACGCAUAAUUAAGAAAAAAAAACACGUACACAUACACAUAUUUAUUCAAGGAAAUCAAAGGACACGAAGACAUUAAGAAAAAGUAAAAACACAUGUAUACAUAUACUAAAAAAGUAAUAAAAACAGAAAAAAUAUUCUACA